CAAAACCAUCAUUUUCGGUAGGAAUAAUAAUUUAAACAAGUUGGUGAAGGUAGAAGGAGAACGUGAAAGGCUUGAACUCCUCAACAGGCUUCUUUUCACUCAAGUAGUAUUCAUUUCACAGUAUCAAGUGGAUUUAUGAUAGUAAAACAUGUUGAUGCUGAAGCUGGAUGCUAAGUGUUAACAUUUUUUGUACUUAAAGGAUAAAUAUUUGUGUAAUAAAUCUAAGAGUAAUAACUAUAUGCAAACUCGAGAUGGCUAUUUUGACAGUACGGUCACUUUCAAUUUUUAGUAAGUUUCAAAAGGUCGCCCGGUCCAUAAGCAAUCAAACAAUAACUACGUCGAAGGAAUAUUGUCAAGAAGAAUUACAGGCAGCGACUGCGAAACCUUACGAAGAAGUACCUGGACCUAAGCCAUUGCCUAUAUUAGGUAACACCUGGCGCAUGUUCCCUGUUAUUGGACAAUUUGAGAUUGGCGACGUUGCAAAAAUUUCACAAAUAUUCUAUGAUGAAUAUGGAGAAAUUACUCGCUUAUCUGGUCUCAUAGGACGACCAGAUCUUUUAUUUGUCUAUGAUGUGAAUGAGAUAGAGCGAUUGUAUAGACAAGAAGGCCCGACACCUUUCCGGCCAUCCAUGCCAUGUCUCGUGCGCUACAAAAGCAUUGUCAGAAAAGAUUUCUUUGGAGAAUUAGGAGGUGUGGUAGGCGUCCAUGGAGAACCAUGGAAAGAAUUUCGUACACGUGUUCAAAAGCCUAUCCUUCAACCACAGACAGUUAGAAAAUAUAUUAAUCCUAUUGAAACAGUUACGAAUGAUUUUAUUACCAGGAUCGAAAAGAUAAAAGACAGUAAAGAUGAAUUACCAACAGAUUUUGAUAAUGAAAUCCAUAAAUGGGCCCUGGAAUGUAUCGGACGUGUGGCACUUGAUGUACGACUUGGAUGCUUGGAAGACAACUUAUCACAUGACUCAGAGCCGCAAAAAAUAAUAAAUGCAGCAAAAUUUGCAUUAAGAAAUGUUGCAGAGUUAGAAUUGAAGGCACCUUAUUGGAGAUACAUUCCUACACGAUUAUGGUCACGUUAUGUGAAAAAUAUGGACUUCUUUAUUGAAGUUUGCAUGAAAUACAUUGAUGCAGCAUUGGAGCGCUUGAAAAAUAAAAAAUCAACCAAUGACAGUGAUUUAUCUCUUGUUGAAAGAAUCUUAGCUAACGAAAAGGAUCCUAAGAUAGCAUAUAUUCUUGCUCUUGAUCUUAUUUUAGUUGGAAUUGAUACAAUUUCGAUGGCUGUAUGUUCAAUACUUUAUCAAUUAGCUACAAGGCCAGAGGAGCAAGAAAAAAUUCAUAAUGAAUUAAAAAACAUUCUUCCUGACCCAUCAAUACAACUGACUCCGCAACAUCUAGAUCAAGCUGUUUACACCAAAGCAUUUGUUCGUGAAGUAUUCAGGGUUUACUCAACCGUCAUUGGAAAUGGACGUACUCUACAAAAUGAUACUAUCAUUUGUGGAUAUCAUAUACCUAAAGGAGUUCAAGUAGUAUUUCCAACAAUUGUAACAGGAAAGUUAGAAAAAUGGGUCGAAAACGCAGACGUAUUUAUGCCGGAAAGAUGGCUAAAAGAAAAUGAGCAUAAAAAGCUUCAUCCUUUCGCAUCGCUUCCUUACGGGUACGGAGCACGCAUGUGUUUAGGUCGAAGGUUUGCUGAUCUAGAAAUUCAAGUUUUACUAGCUAAGUUGAUAAGAAAUUAUAAAUUAGAAUACCACUAUGAUCCACUAAAAUACAAAGUUACGUUCAUGUAUGCUCCAGACGGAGACCUGAAGUUUAAAGUAAUUAAAAGAUAAUUCAAUUAAAUACAUUUACAUUUAAUAAAUUGUAAAUACUAUUCAUUAAACUGUACUUACGAAUAGAAAUAAAUUUUUCUGUACAAA